AUGAUGGAAAAAAUGGAAGGCGAUCAAAAACUAAGAUUUGAAGUUCAGGAUAAAGCAUUUUUUCAUUCGGAUAAUUAUAUUAAUCUUAAAUCAACCAAUGUAAAAGAACAACUUAAAAGAAUUAUUAGUAACAUCAUAGACAAGAUUAAUAUUUAUCAACAAAAUGGUAGUGGGUGGUAUUUUAAAGAAGUUAUUCAACUUGAAAUUCAUACUGUUAAAUUUAAUCCAAUGAAAGGUUCUUCUUAUAUUCCUCUUCCAGAUUGGAUUAAGAGAAAAAAAGCAAUUGUUAGUAUUCGAAAUAAAGAUUCCAAAUGUUUUUUAUGGUCUGUACUUCGAUAUCUUUAUCCAAGAGAAAAGAAUGAUUGUCGUUUGACAGAUUUAAAACAAUAUGAGCAUGAUCUUAAUAUUCCUAAGGGAUUUACUUUUCCAGUUAAAGUCAGAGACAUUACCAAAUUUGAAGCUCUUAAUCCAGAUAUACCAGGAAUAAAUGUAUUUUCACUCAGUGAUAAUAAAACGUUUUAUCCUCUUCGAAUGGCGUUACGUGAUCCACAAAAAUCGAUAGAUUUAUUUCUUUAUGAAGAGAAUGGUAAAUAUCAUUAUUCUUUGAUUAAAAACUUUUCUCGUCUUUUUAGGUCACAAAUAACAUCUAGAAUAAAUGAGUCAAUUCAAAUUUGUAAGAGAUGUUUUAAUUAUUUUACUAAAGAAGAAUUAUUACAAAAACAUAUCUUAUAUUGUUCAAAUAAUGAGUUGGUUUCUGUAAAAAUGCCAGCUUCUAACACAAUGUUAUAUUUUAAAAAUCAUCACAAACAACUUCCUAUUCCUUUUGUAGUUUAUGCGGAUUUUGAAUGUUUUACUAAACCAAUGAAUACUUGCUGUCCUAAUCCAAAAGAUUCUUAUAAUUACAAUUACCAAAAACACGAACCUUCAGGAUUUUGUAUUUUUAUUAAAGGAGUGGUUGAUAAAAAAAAUCAAACCAAUUAUUUAUUCGAAAACAGAAGAAGACGAAGAUAUAUCAAAAGUAUUCGUAGAAAAACUUACAGAAGCAACUAG